UGUGUGUUUAAAGGGGGUGAGGGAAGAUUUAAAUUAGUUUUGGGAGUGGGAGUGGAAGUGAGAAGUAGUGGAGUUUUAUUUCGAUAUUACUCCGGUGUGACGCUUUGAUUUCUCUCGCGCUCCCGUUGCUUCUCAUUUCCCUGAAUACCUUUACAAGUGUUCAGGGUUAUAAGGGAUUCGAGAAAAAAAUGCGCAGAAAUUAGCCUGCUUUUCUGAUAUUAUUUGCUAUCCAAAGUUUAAGCGAUGAGUGGCAUUUGGUUUUCACCCCUUUAAGAUGCGAUGAUUGCCUUGGGAAAAAUGAACAUUUAGGGGAUCUUGAUGUAUGUUAGUUGCUUGGUGAGAAGAAAAUUGGCCCCUGGAAUGCACCACCAUUAUCAUUCUUGCGCUGCAAGCAAUAAUAAUAAUAACAACGACAAUAAUAAUUUAUCAUCUGGAAGAGAUUGUUCAAAAUGGCUGUAGCCAUUAACCAACACCACGGAUUUAAGCCAUUCAGCAGGUCCCAGAGAUGCAAGCUCCAAUCCUUCAGUCACCUUGAUCAGACCAUUUUAGAGCAGAUUGAGCGAGCCACAAAGAAACGGCGGUGUUUUGAGGGAGCAGUAGUCAUUGGGAUACAGCCACUCCGUUUCGGGACGUCGACGUCGUACGAAGUUCUUUUACCACUUACCCUUGUUCUACUCGUCGUUGUGGUCCUUGCUUCGGUACUAAGUAUUGUUCGUACAACGGCCGCACAGAUAGUUCCAACUCUUCCGCUUACAGGAAACCUAACAAAUUCCGAUUCCCGAGAAGCAGCUGCCCGAAACGAUGCCGCUACAAAAACGGCGACUAACCCAACGUCUUCUCCAUCCGUGGCGGUUCUGGCAAACCCUCACCGAAGCCUACUUCUGGACUCCGGUACCGUUAACGCUGGAGCUGCUGGUCUCGCACCUGGCCUCGGGGCCUCGGCGCUUGUUAGAGCUAAGAACCUACGCUCCUCCUUCCCUCCAGAAGGGGCCUACUAUUUCACCAAUUCCCCUCCGUACCUCACCUCUUCGACGCUACCUACUACAGUCGAAGAAAAACAAAAACAAAAACUACAACAACAACAACAUACUCACCUUCUUGAAUCUGAAGAAGCUGACAUCAUCCAUCGCAGCUUCUCCACUCCAUGCCUCCCCUUAACCACUUUAUCAUCCGGGGAAGACCUCCCUUCCUCCUCGCAUCCAAGAAUCGAGAUUGUUCGCGGCUCCGGGGCUCCGGUCCACGCUCUGGUCGUCGAGGUCGCAAUUGCCAUGGCCUCAGGUCUUCAUCCGAAGCCACUCCCAAACGGUCUUGGCGGUGCCUACCUCUUCUGCAACCCAAUCAGCGGCAAAAACAUCGCCGUAGCAAAGCCCGUCGACGAAGAGCCCUUAGCCUUAAACAAUCCAAAGGACCUGGGCUCUCAAUUACCGGGCCAGCCGGGCCUCAAGACUUCAAUUCGCAUCGGCGAGGCUGCUACCCGUGAGCUUGCUGCAUAUCUCCUCGAUCACGGCUCCUUCGCUGCUGUACCUCCAACAGCCCUCGUCAAAUUCUCUCACGCUUCUUUCUUCGCCAACGAGGCGCCUAAACUCGCGUCGCUUCAACGCUUCAUCGGUCACGCUUUCGAUGCCGGCGAGUUGGGACCUUCUCUCUACUCUGUUUCCUCUGUUCACCAGAUCGGAAUCUUGGACAUUCGCCUUCUCAACCUUGAUAGACACGCCGGCAACAUGCUUGUUAUGAAUCAUGGCUUCGUUCCUGGUGUUGCUGCUCAUCUUGUUCCCAUUGACCAUGGCUUCUGCCUCCCUGAGUGGCUUGACGAUCCUUACUUUGAGUGGCUCCAUUGGCCACAGGCUUCUACACCUUUCUCCAACUCAGAACUUGAUUACAUCUCGAAACUCGAUCCGUUUAAGGACGCUCAGAUUCUAAGAUCAGAGCUUCCUCUGUUGAGGGAGUCCUCAAUUAGGGUUCUGGUUGUUUGCACCAUUUUCUUGAAGCAUGCUGCAGCUGCAGGGCUUUGCCUCACCGACAUAGGGUUACUGAUGACGAGGGAGUUUUGUGGCGGCAAAGAAACACCGAGCGAGUUAGAGACAAUUUGCUCACAGGUUAAGGCCAGUGUUCCUCUUGAUGUUCCCAACAAUAAUAACGAAGAAGAAGAAGGGACUAGUUGCGAGAUUAGUGGCAUUUCCUUUGGAGACAUGAGGAAAGGUGAAUGGGAAUCUUUUUUGGAGAUUUUCGAUAAGGUUUUGUGUGGUGUGUUUGGAAACAAGCAAGUUUAAAAGUAUUUGGAACAUCAUAAUGUGGAGAUCAUUGAUGAGUUAGUAGAUAUAUAUGAAAAAAAAAAAAAUUAAAGCAAGAGAACAAUCACUGUCGCUUUGUAAUUGUACACUAAUGUUGAGAAGAAUAUUCAUAGAUUAGGGUUGUAGAUAUAAAAGAGAUGGACUUCUAAUAUGGCAAAAAGGGAUGGAAUAGGGAUUGGUGAGGUGCUAAUUAAUUUCAUGCCAUCCAUUCCGUUCUGCAAACUUUUUUUUUUCUUUUUUUCUUUUCAUCCAGUUCUCCAAUUUCUCCUUCUUUAAUUUGUCAAAAUAUCAGUUGUACAUUAUCUAAGUGAUUUUUUUU